AUGACGAACUCAAGCAUCCAAGUAUCGCAUCGUGUAGUCGAUGUCUUCAAUGAUGAGGUAAAGACACUGUACAUGGUCGUCAACUUUGUCGCUCUCAGCAGCAUCGUAGCCGUCUUCGGCAUCGUCACCAACAUCAUCAACAUCGUCAUCUUCUACCGUCAGGGUCUGGCCUCAAGCACCGUCAACAUCAGCUUCAGCGGGCUGGCAGUUUCAGAUCUCUGCGGGUUGUUAAUCCUCGCGUUGCACAACCUGUGUUUCAACCCGUUGUUUGAAAACGCUGGGUUGCCGGUAGUGACAGGUGAGGUCCAGCACCUGACAGGUGGGCUGUUGCACCUGUGUUGUACCCGCAUCACCGGCUGGAUCACGGUCUACAUCACCGCUGAAAGGUGUCUGUGUAUUGCCACACCUUUAAAGAUCAAACGAAUCUUAACUCCCAGAAGAGCGACAUUCAUAAUUGUGUUUAUUUACUUUAUCACAAUUAUGCCCCUCGCUCCUGAAUAUCUCAUCUUGUAUUAA